UGGUGGGGAGAAGUUGCUGAUGCUGCACUCCAAUAUUGGGCUACAUGGUGUCUAACUCCUCCCAUCCGAAGAUUCGAGCUUCCUAGCGAAGAAUUGCUUGAGAGACUUCUACCAUGGAGGUCUGUAUGUUUAAUGAUGUCAGCAUGUGGUAUGCCGAGUCUGCACAUUUCUAAAGAGCUUUCAAUGUCAAGGAUUCUCAUAGUUAUAUAGUUAAUGAUAGAAUAAAAUUCUUCUAAAUGUAUUUUAUAUUUUUUUUUGUCAGUUUGUGUAAAGACUUCACUUAAUUUUUGAUUAUUAUUAUUUAUAAUUUGUUUGUCUUCAUUGAAUUUAUAAAUCAUUUUUGUUGAUAGCUAGUUCUUUAAUUAAGUUAUUCUGAAUAUGGUUUUCAUUUUUUUCAAGAUUUUCUAUAAUUUAAUCAUACCUUUCCUUAUCGGAAGCAUCCAUAUUGCGAGUUGACCAUUUAAUAGCAGUGCCUUGACAAUUUAUAAUUCCUCGCUUAAUUCUAUCGUGAGUCGUUAGCGAUUCUAUUUUAUCUUCUAAAUAAAAAUUUUGUUUUAUUGUCAAAUUAUAAAUAAAUUCCUUUGCAGGAAAAUUUGAUAGCUCUUUUUUUAAUAGUUUGUAUGUUUUCAAUUAAAUCAAAUAAGUGCAUAUAGUGUAUUACCGUGUCAUACUUUUUUAAUAUAUAAGAGUCGGCAAGCUUAAAAGUCAUUAAUCCACCUGAGUGUGUCACGUCAGUUAUUCAGUAAGCUAUAGUAAGUAAGAGUCUGAGUCACUAUCAGCAUUGGCCAUAUCACCAGUUGCUCGGGUUUCAUCAUAUGUUAGCAAAAGUCUUCUCAUGAGUAUUUCUUGAUCUCCUUUUGUUUUUAGUAUGUGCAUGCACAAUCUUAUUUUUAUCUAUAAACGCUUUGACAGGCUUAAAGAUGUUCUCAUCUUUUGUCAUAACUCUUCUUUUAAUAUACGCUUCGUCUUGAAUUUCCGGUGGGUCUUCACGAUAUUGUCUUCCUAAGGCGUUGCACAACGUUCUGUCCUUUUUUCUUUUUCCUCCGAUAUUUUACAAUUGGCUAAUUUAUGACUAAUGUUUAAUUCGUCAUGAUAUUUUUGCACUAAGUUUUCUUUAAUCAUUUGCUCAUCUCGAUCGGGAUUAAUAAUUUUACCAAAAGUUAUCUCGAUGGGAGCUAAUUUUAGAUUUGUAUUUAAUGUUUUAUUAAUUGUCCUUAUAGCAAUAUUCACAUUAGUUUCUAAACUAUUUGAAGGGUUAUCUUCUUUUAUGACCCUUAAAAGUUCUAUUAAAGUCGAAUGUGCAAAUUCCUAAGGAGUUUAAAUUAUUUGAGACUGUUUAAUGACAAUUAAUUCCUAAACUUUCUAAUAAAUUUUGAAUAAUUUUGAAUAUAUUCUCUAUCUUGGUCCAUUUUUAUUUGUACUGGGGGAGAAUAAAGAGAAAAAUAUUUGGUUAGUAUUUUAUGAAAGUUUGUGGCAUUAUUUGUUCUAAUAACGUCUGCGUAUAGUCUUUUAGAAAAAUCAUCAAUUAUUGUAAUUAUAAAUUUACUUUGAUAAUGUAGGGUGUCAAUCAUUAAAUUUUCAUCGACUACUUGGUGGACAUCAUUACUUUUAACGGUUCGCAUUGAGGCCGUAUUUUGAGAAUUGCGAGUAAAUGGUUGUGAUGGAAAUGAGUCUUUGGUCUUAUCGUUUUCGCGCCAGUUAUUUUUUUGAUCCCACGCUUGUGGUCUAUAUUGUUGGAGGGACGCUCUAUCAUCGUUUCUGUGCCGAUUUUCAUAUUGGUAUUGAUUUUUAGAAAGGCGACAGCCGCGAUUUUCAUGCUUAAAUUAAAUUUGGUGGAUGGCGAUAAACGUGAUUUUUAUUUUGGUUGUAAUUUUGUGAGUAAUGAUAAUCGUUAUUGUUUCUAUACUGAUAUGAGGAUUGUUGGUAAUUUGAAUUUCUAUAACGAUCAUUAUUUUUAUAAUAGUCAAAUCUUCUAGAUUCAUAGUUGUUAUUUUUUUAAAAGUCUUUGUGAGGUCAAUGACCAUGAUUAUUAUGAUUGUUAUUAUUAGAGUAUUUUCUCUUCUCGACAUAAAUAGUGUUUGGUCUAGUCCAUAAAUUCUUUCCAUAAUGUCAGAACACCGGGUUUUAGACCGGGAGCCCUUGGCAGAAAAGGUCUCAUAUUUCAUACUAAGCUUUGUCCUGAUAAAUUGAUCAUAUCCUUUGACCUGAUGAGAAUAAUGCACAUCUGCCAGCAUAUAGCCGCUUUAAUACAAAAUGGCGGCCAUGUGAAGAUAGAUAGAGACCCUACAUAGGCUGUAAGUGUAUAUAUAGAGGGCUUAUGAAAAUAUAAAGCUACCAAUCCUCUCAAUGUAUGGUAUUAACAGUGUUAAGGCAUGAAAUAAUAGUCAGUUAUCCCAUACCCGUGGAUUUCAACUGUUAUAUUAGUUUUUCAAUAUAUUCUAUAGUUUCCGUGAUAUCCGUCCUAAUAAUUCACUAAUUUCGAUUUUUAAAAAAGUUUGCAUUGCAUUUUUA